AUGGCCACCCAGAAGGUUGACCAGUAUGGCCCCAAGCUGGUGGAAAAGGUCGACAAACUGCAGCACCGACUCAGCAUGAAAGACGGUGCGCAACCUGCCGGAGGGUUCGAUGCCACCCCGAUUCCCCCUGCGCCGCCCGGAUACACCAUCAAGUUCACUUUUCACCGGGGCAAAGACUUGCCCGUCGCGGAUUUUGGCAGUUUUUCUUCGGAUCCGUAUGUUUUCGCGCAUUUGGACGUCAACCUCCCUCGGCGUCAUAAACAGGAUCCCGAUAUCACCUUCCGGACUCCCACUGUGCGCAAAGACAUGAACCCCGUGUGGAAUUGCGAAUGGAUUGUCGCCAAUGUCCCUGCCUCGGGCUUUCACCUCAAGGCCUACGUGUAUGAUGAGGACCCCGCCGACCAUGAUGAUAAGCUGGGCAUCGCCUUUCUGGAUGUACCGUCAAUGUCGGAGGAUUGGCCGGGCAUCAAAGAGCAAUCGUUUAAGGUGAAGAAGCGCUUCGGCAGCAAGCGGGUCUAUGUCUUUACCAAUGUCUCCGCCUUCGCGACCGGUCAUCAUAAGGAGUCGUUUAUCACCAUAAGCGCCGAGUGCUUGGGCCGAACCCCCGGCACUGAUGGGGGCCAGAUGUAUACCCUCGGUCCAAAUCACUGGUUCAAACACUUCUCUCCGUUGAUCGGGCGACUGACCGGAACAAAAGAUCAGGUUCAGGUCCAGGAUGGUAGUGGGAAGGCCAUCAGCCGAUACAAUUUCCAAGCGAUUCAGAUGCAACUCCGAGGGCCCGUUCCCUCCGAUCUCUACCAUCGUUAUGUGGAAUUCAAACCGUUCGUUGCGGGUAUGUUCCAAGCACAAAGUUUGAGAGGCCGAAUCCUUCACAAAGCCCUUCACCAUCAACAUCAGCGGAUCUAUAACUUCGACCGCUCGACUCUGCAUGGCGUGUUCCCCGAGCCCUGCCGGGAAUUUACGCAGAAAUUCCUGGAAUUCACUCAUUAUGGCCAGGGAGGUCGGAUCUUCACUUAUGUGUUGAUGCUGGAUGGUCAGCUUCGGUUUACAGAAACGGGUAAGGAAUUUGGGAUCGACCUCCUGAGCAAGCACACAAUGCACAGCGAUGUGUCUAGCUACAUUGCGUACUCGGGUGAAUUCUUCGUGCGCCGUCGCCGGCACCACCAUCGACACCGCUCGCGCUCUCAGUCGCCUAUCUCUCGCCCGUCCACCGACUUCCCCGUCGAGGAGGAUGAAGAGGAUGAAAGGAGGAAGGAGGUGUCGACGGAGCCCUCCACCGAGCCGACUGACUACGAGCUCUUUAUCGACAACGACAGUGGAACGUAUCGGCCCAAUAACAAAAAGCUCCCUGUCCUGAAGGCAUUCCUAAUCUCCAACUUGCCGGGCCUCCAUAUCUCUACGCUGGAUUGCACCGGGGAUGCCGAGCGCAUGGGGCAGAUGAAAGCGGAGCAACGCGAGUUCAAGAAGGAACAGGGCCAUCUCAUCACCUUUCUCCAGCAGAGCAGCGUGUCCUCAUUCUCCAUCUCGAGUUCGGAUGAGGAAGAACUCAACCAGCGAAGUGGGGAACCCUCCAAGCAACGGGGAGAUCUGUCCCGGCGGGUGCACGAGAUGCGCGAUAUGAAGGGCCAGAUGCUGAAAUGGGUCGAAGCCGAUGGACAUGCAGAUCGGCCGAAGCAUCGCUAUAUCGUCGGGCGCGAACGAGCCUCCUCGACGGGGGAGAUUCGUCAAGCGCCGGCGGUGCCUUCAGCGGCCAACCCAACCACCUAG